AUGCCGGGUGUGCAGAAAAUUCUAUGGAGUGCUCGGAUUGCCGCUCGGGAGGAGGUGGAAGUGACUGGGACUACCUCCAACCACUUGUUCCUCUUAAUUGGUUUCCAGCUCCCUUGGCCCAUGGAGGUCCUCCUCUUUGUGGCACUUCUUGUGGUUUUCCUGUUAACACUAGCUGGGAACAUUACCAUCAUCACGCUGGUGUGCCUCACCCAGCGGCUCCAAACACCUAUGUACUUCUUCCUCUGCAAUCUCUCCCUCCUAGAGAUCCUCUUUGUCUUGACAGUCACACCCAAGACGCUGGUCAACCUUGUUUCCUUGAACAAGACAAUUUCAUUCAUUGGUUGUGCUGCCCAAUGUUAUUUCUACUUCUUUCUCGGGACGUGCGAGAUCAUCCUCAUCGCUGUGAUGGCGUUUGACCGCUACGUUGCCAUCUGCCACCCACUUCGCUAUCUGGUCAUCAUAAAUGGGCAUGUCUGCAUUUCGUUGGUCCUGGCCUGCUGGAUAGGUGCUUUACUUAACAACUUUGUUCCCGUGAUUUUGUUGGCCUGGCUAUCUUUCUGUGGCUCUAACGUCAUCGACCAUUUCUUCUGUGACUACGCCCCAAUGGUAAAGCUUUCUUGCAAUGAUGUCCAUUUACCUCUGGCUUUGGAGGCCAUCCUGUCGGCAAUUGUGCUACUCAGCUCAAUGUCUGUUACUGGCAUCUCUUACCUCUACAUCGUAGCCACCAUCUUGCGCAUGCAUUCCACCCAAGGCCGGCUAAAGACGUUUUCCACCUGUGCAUCCCACCUUACUGUAGCAUCCAUCUUUUAUGGCAGUGCCAUUUUCAUGUACUCUUUGCCUAGCCAGGGACGCUCUCGGGAUGUCCAAAAGGCAGUAGCGGUUCUCACGGCUGUGGUGACCCCAUUACUCAAUCCUUUUAUAUAUUCUCUGAGGAAUGAGAAAGUCAAGGAGGCCUUCAGAGAUUGUCUACGGAAGAAGAAAUUUGUGCUGUGA